AUGUCGCAGGAAGGGCUUUUGGGCCUUUGGGGCCUCUGCUCAGCGACCGUGAUAUACUGUACUGUACACGUAAAGACAUCUGCUGUUGACUCCGUGCAGGAAAAGCGCGAGUUCCUGGGCGACAAGUACCUGGAGGAGGGGCCCGAAGGGAACGACGCCACCAAGAGCAACGUGGCACCCAUCCGCGUGGCGUUCCGCCACGAGACGCUGUGCCAGGAGCUGGAGCUGCUGACCAAGGCCCGACCUUCCUCACCCCCGUGAGGCCCGCUUGGGGGGGUGGGCCGUGAUCACAUUUAGCGGUGUAAGACUGCCAGCAGGGCCUCUCAUUCGCUUCCUUACAUUUCCUAAACGAGCGCCCAGACAUGUCUACGAUUGCCACAAGGUAUUUGUGGAGGUAAAUGAGAUAUGGGAAGGACUGUAGUGAUUCUGCCUUAUUAUCAAUGAAACAAGAUGUGCAACUUUAAUAAUUCAAUUUAAUUUAGCUUAAUUCGUGCAAAUUACUUCUCUAAACACUGAACAUUGCGAACCACAUUGAACAUCAAAACUGGUACGACACACCGCAGAGAUGCAACACGGAGGUGAACACAACAUUAACGAGAGAGAGGACACCAGAGACACAACACGGACACGAUACAGGGUACGGAGGUGAACACAACACGAACCACAUGGGGUGACAGGAAACAGUCAAGCUCCCGACAUCAGAAAAAGUCCAUAGAAUAAUAAGGACGAUAAUAAUUUAAUUUUAUACAGCGUAAUGCUUAUUACAGGAAUUGUAUGUACUUACAUAACUAAUGUAACAUUGUUUUAACGCUUUGUGAUUUGAAUAACAAUACUUUCUAACGAUAAAUACAUUGCAUUGAACUCGUACACUUAAGUCUAACAACCUAUCGUAACAAAGAUGUCUCCAUCUAUGGGGACAAGGUAGCGUGGGCCAGGAUUAAAUACCUAGCACUUGGCAAAAUAAAUCCAAGCUAAAGUCAGAAAUAUACACGCGGUGUCUACUUCAUGUGGGUACCCUUGUCUCCGAAGCACUGAACUAUGGGUAUUUGCCAUCCACUCUUGAUAAUACCUGGCACCAAGAUGUUCAUGCAGCUAAGGAAAGCGUCAGCAAAAAUAUUGUUGCACUGAACUAUGACGCAAUUGAUCACAGUCAUAUCAAUGCGUAUGUUGGGCAUCAUCAUAGCUGAAAUUUGUGCCCGAUUUGGGCCUUACCUAUGUUGUUUGCCAGUGUCACUGCUCUUCAAAUGUGACAAAUUUAGCAAAAAAUACCCACAAAUCGGCAUUGUCCCCUAUUGCGAACCGCCUGUGGAACGUAGCACCUUCUUUCGUGAUAGCCUGGCGCGAUAAAAUGGCGCAAAUACAAACUCAUUUUUGUUUACCGAGCCUUUAGGCUCACAUGGUGGAGUGUGUGAGCAUCAGCAUUGCUGGUUCUGGCGCCGACACCACACGUGCCUUGCCCACCUAAAUAAUUAGUCCUAAGUGAGUUCACUCACUCUCCCAAACCUUCACUUCACAUGAACAGCAACUCCCUCUCAUAAAUGGCACUUAGGUCUACCCAGAUUAUCUCUGCAUUGCGUAUCCUGGACAAGGUUUAGAAUAAUACGUCUUCCAGUUUAAUAAUUCGUUUACCGUACAUAUGUGUUAGGCUAACAACGCUCAGCGCUUGCAAAACAUAUAUUGAGACUGUUGAAUAAUACACAAAUAAAGUGUAGCUUGUG